ACUAUUGCUACUAAGAUCAAAAUCAAGAUCAGGCCAUGGCGGUGUGCCGGGGAUCCCUUUUCUCCCUGUUCUCCCUCCAAUUGAGGCCGGCAGUCACUUCCCACCUGCUGCCUGCCGCCACCACCACUCAGCACAGGCACUAUGCUAAGCCCCUGGCAGGGUUAGGCAAGAAGGGCAAGUUGAAGCUCGGACCAACCGUGGAGAAAGUUCGGCUGCCCGUGGAGACCGACACGGAGAAGCUGGUGACUCACGUGUGUGGCUCCCAUCCGGUGAAGGAAGGGCGGGAGGAUGUUAAGCUGCAGGAUGACUCAGAAUACCCGGAAUGGCUUUGGGAGCUGCGGACAGGCAAGCCACCCCCCCUCCGUGACCUGGACCCAAGCACCAAACAGUACUGGAAGCGGUUACGAGUCCUGGCCAUGAAGGAGAACAACAAGCGCAUGAAGUUGAGGAAGUUUUAGAUGCUUGCUUGGAAAAUGUAAGGUGGAUUUUCAUGCUGAGUGUCGUGGAAAGAGAGAGAGGUAUAAGGGCGAUUGAGGGACAUGUUUUGAAUGUCGGGGAAGGAAUGUUUUGAAGUGUACGUCAUGGGAAACCUUUGAGAGUGCGCCUUGUAGAGUAAAGCUGCUGAUGUAAAGUAAAGGAUGUGCUAAAAUAAAUAAGGCAUAUUAUC